GAAGUCAGAACAGCCAGAGGAAAUUCUACCAGCGUUUCCCUCGAGCUGGUCUGCAGGCCUCUUCAGCGGGGAACCUGUCCCAGCAGCGGCCCCUUCUGCAAACAGGGCAGUCAGGACGCCACGGCUCCGCCUGAAGCGAUGGCCCAGCCCUACCCCCCUGCCCAGUACCCGCCUCCGCCACAGAACGGCAUCCCUGCCGAGUACGCCCCGCCCCCGCCGCACCCCACGCAGGACUACUCGGGCCAGACCCCGGUCCCCCCAGAGCACGGCAUGACCCUGUACACACCAGCACAGACCCACCCCGAGCAGCCAGGCACCGAGGCCAGCACACAGCCCAUCGCCGGAACCCAGACAGUGCCGCAGACAGACGAGGCGGCACAGACGGACAGCCAGCCGCUCCACCCCUCCGACCCCACAGAGAAGCAGCAGCCCAAGCGGCUCCAUGUCUCCAACAUCCCCUUUCGGUUCAGGGACCCUGACCUGCGGCAAAUGUUCGGGCAAUUCGGAAAAAUCUUAGACGUGGAGAUCAUUUUUAACGAGCGGGGCUCCAAGGGUUUUGGGUUUGUAACUUUUGAAACUAGCUCAGAUGCUGACCGAGCCCGGGAGAAGCUGAAUGGGACGAUCGUAGAGGGACGGAAAAUUGAGGUCAAUAAUGCCACAGCCCGAGUCAUGACGAACAAGAAGACUGGGAACCCCUACAGCAAUGGAUGGAAGCUAAACCCCGUGGUAGGCGCAGUCUAUGGGCCUGAAUUCUAUGCAGUGACGGGGUUCCCCUACCCCACCACCGGCACUGCAGUCGCCUACCGGGGCGCGCACCUGCGGGGCCGGGGCCGGGCCGUGUACAAUACGUUUCGGGCUGCACCGCCCCCGCCUCCUAUCCCGGCUUACGGAGCGGCCCUGGAGCAAACGCUUGUUAAAAUGCCAGUCCCGUGGGCGGGGCUGGCGCCGUGCCCCCUCCCUCCUCAGCAGACACCGGAGCCGGCCUACCCCGCCUCUCCAGCGUUCCCACCACUUUCUUGUCCAUUUGCUUCCAGGGUCGUGUAUCAGGAUGGAUUUUAUGGUGCUGAGAUUUAUGGAGGCUAUGCAGCCUACAGAUAUGCUCAGCCGGCGGCAGCAGCGGCCUACAGCGACAGUUACGGCAGAGUCUAUGCGGCUGCUGACCCCUACCAUCACACCAUCGGCCCCGCAGCGACCUACAGCAUUGGAACCAUGUGAAACCUUCCACCGUUUCCUUCUUGGACCAUGAAGGGCAAAAACAAAAAAACAAAAAAAAUCACAAAACAGAAAACACACAAAAAAGAUGUUAACAUCCAAGCAACAAAAAAACCACCAAACCAAGAGGCAUCCAACCAAGUCCGCGUCCGCAUCCCGCGUCCUGGCCGCACACCUGCACCGAGGGAGCACGUCCAGCAGGGGGCGCAUGGAGAGCGGCCCCACGGAGGACAAGGCGGGCCCCUCCCGCGUCCCUCGCCCCUGCCCCGGCCGGCAGCGCUGUGCAGAAGUGCCCCCUCUACGUUUCACGCAGUGGGGUAGAGUUGGAGGGGAAGGCUGUUGGGGGGAUCUCUGUUUUCUAUCCAGUCUUCCUUUCCUGGCUCCCACUCCCAAGGCAGUGUGGGCUCCGCGCAGGAGAAGGCCCGGGCCUGAGCAGGGAAGAGCAGGCGGGCAGGACUUGAUCUUUGUUGCCAGCUGUGCCAGUGUAGGGGACGGCUGGGUGGGGGCAGGUGGACAGUUUUUCAUCCCUGGGGGCUCCGGCUGGGGCCCCCAUCACCCUCAUAUUGCGUUCUCUGGGCCCCAGCUCCCUCCCCCACGCCACGCUGCUCCACCUGCGCCCUCAGCCUGGAGAGGAAGCUGUCUGACCAGCAGCCCUGGGGUCCAACUCCACCAAAAAGGGCUGACGUAGUUUCAGAACUCCGGGGUGCCCCUCACCCUCCUACCCGCCCCCCCAAGAGAGGGCCCCUGUCUGGCUGCAGAGAGAUGAAGAAUGCGCAGCUGGCCCGGUGCCAUUCCUUGCACCUGAAAGGUUGGACAGGUGGGUCCUCGGGGCCAGGACUCGUUCUUACUGGCUGGCUGGCUGUCUCUCUCUGGAGAAGGCCCUGUGCCUGGUCUGUGGGAGUAAAGGCUGACCCGUGCUGCCUGCUGGGGUGCAGCCCUCCCUGCCACUCCCCUGCAGAACCCAGUCCUGCUGGGGAGCAGAGGGCAAGUGACAGGCUGGGCCCGGCUGCACCGCGAGGUUGGGAGUCACAGUGCUAUGGUGCUGGAUGGCCGUGGCCAGGACAGGGACCCACAGGAAGUGGGUGGGCAGCAGGCCCACAGCCCCGUCCUCUGCUCCCUGGGCAGGUGUGGAGGCAGUGGGAGUAGCAGCAAGGGUAGCAGUGCUGGCCUGCCAGGUGGUGGAGGGAACACAUCAGGGAGUAGGUAGGAACCCCUGGCUGGGCAGGAAUCGCUGGAAUAGGGGAAGCAGCAAAAAAUUACAAACCACCCGGGCUCACAACAUGGCUCCACUGUCUCAUGAAACUUCAAAAACAAAAACAUACACCUCACUUUAUAUUCAGCAUCAGCUACUGAAGCGAUCGAGUCGGAAUUCCCCUUUUCUACUCCUGGUGUACAUAGCCCCGCGCCCUGCCUGCGGCUCUGUCCUCCGCGCAGAGCCCUCGCUCCUCUGCUGUUCUGGACCCUUUUCUUGCAGCAGCUCAGCCCCCUGGUCCCGGGUCCCCCACCCCCGGGCUGUGGCCAAGCCCCAGGCUCCCUUUCGUACCAUUCUGUAUGCUUCCAAGGUGUGACCAUUCAAAUUAACAGUAUUAUUAUUAAUAAAGCUUUCUUUCUUCAAAGGA